ACAUACACAAAAGAAUGGGCUGGUAUUCUAAACCACAAAAGCAGGCAUGUGGAAGAAGCUGUCAGAGAACUCAUAUCAAUAUUUGAGACUAUUUAUGAAGUGAAGUACAGUGGGAAAGCAGCAAAACAUGUACCAGAACCGAGGAAACAUGUUGUUUUUGGAAGUGAAGCAGAAGAUGGUGAAAACCCUGAUGAAGAGGCUGGUACUGUGACGGAGGUUGCUGCUAAUGAUAAAGAAGAUGAAUUUAAAAAGGAAUGUAAAGAGGUCUUUGCUUUCUUCUCUCAUCAAUUACUAGACAGUCUUCAAAAAGCUACACGGUUAUCUCUGGACACAAUGAAAAGAAGAAUAUUUGUUGCAAGCCUAUAUGGACGAAAGCGGUCAGAAGAUGUUAUUUCCUUUUUAAAAACUGAAGUGCAUCUUGCCAUUCCUAACGUGGUGAUGGUUCCUAGUUUAGAUGACAUUCAGCAAGCCAUUAACCGAAUGGUCCAGUUAACGCUGGAGGUCAGCAGAGGAGUGGCUCACUGGGGGCAACAGCACACCCGUCCCAUGAAGACUGUUGUUACCAGCCCAACCCGAACCGCUGCUGACCUGCCCCAUGCAAGCACAGGAAAACAGUUUAAGAAGGAAGAAAGAUCUUUUGAAGAUAUUAUCCCUGCAAGGAAGCUGAAGAACUUUUAUUCGGAGGUAGCAGAGCACGAGGACAUUUCCAAGUUGGUCCUCCUCCUUUCUUCCUGUGUGAAUUCUCUAAGAAAGGUGGCCCAAGACGCCCUGCAGGACUUUCAGGAGUACAAGACGCUCUGGACAGAGGAUCGACAUGUGAAAGUGAAGGAGUUUUUGGCUAACGACCCCUCUUUGACUGAAAUCAGAUCAGAAAUUCUGCGCUAUGCUACUUUGGAACAGGAGAUUGAUGAAUUGAAGCCUAUUAUUGUUGUAGGAGCACUUGAAUUACAUACAGGGCCCAUGAAAUUGGCCUUAUCAAUUGAGGCUAAGGCAUGGAAGAUGUUACUCUGCCGAUAUCUGAAUGAAGAAUACAAAAAGAAAAUGUCAGACAUGAUAGCAUUUAUUAAUGACUAUUUGAAAAAGUUAUCUAGACCUAUUCGUGAUUUAGAUGAUGUCAGGUUUGCAAUGGAAGCCUUGUCUUGUAUCCGUGAUAACGAAAUUCAAAUGGACAUGACUUUGGGACCAAUUGAAGAAGCCUAUGCUAUUUUAAACAGAUUUAAAGUUGAAGUAACCAAAGAAUCAGAAGCAGUUGAUACCUUGAGAUGUUCUUUCAACAAAUUGCAGCGCAAAGCUGUUUCUGUACAAGAUGACCUUGUUCAAGUGCAGCCAACAUUUAAAAUAAAUCUCCUUGAGGCUGUAGAAGUUUUUCGUGAGGAUGUAAUGAACUUUGCAGAAGCAUAUGAGAUGGAAGGACCUAUGGUUCCAAAUAUACCACCCGAAGAAGCUAGCAACAGGCUACAGAUAUUUCAGGCCAAUUUUGAUGACCUGUGGAGGAAAUUUGUUACAUAUUCAUCUGAUGAACAACUGUUUGGGUUGCCUGUGACUGACUAUGAGGUUUUACACAAAGUCAGAAAGGAACUCAACUUGCUGCAGAAGCUGUAUGGACUAUAUCAUACUGUAAUGUGCAAUAUUAGUGGUUAUUAUGAAAUACUUUGGGGAGACGUAGACAUUGAAAAAAUUAAUGCAGAACUGCAGGAAUUUCAAAACAGAUGUCGUAAACUUCCAAGAGGACUUAAAAAUUGGCAAGCUUUUUUGGAUCUGAAAAAAAGAAUUGAUGAUUUCAGUGAGUCAUGUCCUCUACUAGAAAUGAUGACCAAUAAGGCAAUGAAGCAGAGACACUGGGAUCGAAUCUCGGAGUUAACUGGAACCCCAUUUGAUGUGGAAUCUGAUUCUUUUUGUCUCAGAAAUAUUAUGGAAGCGCCACUCCUUAAAAAUAAGGAUGACAUUGAGGAUAUUUGCAUAUCCGCCAUUAAGGAGAAGGAUAUUGAAGCCAAGCUGACUCUGGUCAUUGAGAACUGUACCAACCAGUACCUGAGUUUUGCAGCAUUUAAAGGAAAGGGAGAGCUCCUGCUGAAAGGAAGUGAAUCAGGGGAAAUUAUCACCUUGAUGGAGGACAGUUUAAUGAUCUUACGUUCCUUACUGAGCAACAGAUAUAAUGCUCCAUUCAAAAAAAAUAUACAAAAUUGGGUGCAUAAGUUGUCCACUUCCUCAGAUAUAAUUGAAGAGUGGCUGGUAGUCCAGAACCUUUGGGUUUAUCUUGAAGCUGUCUUUGUAGGUGGAGAUAUUGCCAAACAGCUGCCUCAGGAAGCAAAACGUUUCCGGAAUAUCGACAAGUCAUGGAUUAAAAUAAUGCAGCGAGCUCACGAGAAUCCCAAUGUGAUUAGUUGCUGUGUUGGGGAUGAAACUAUGGGGAUACUUUUACCUCACUUACAUGAACAGUUGGAAAUAUGUCAGAAGUCACUUACAGGGUAUUUGGAGAAGAAGCGAUUACUAUUUCCAAGAUUCUUCUUUGUAUCCGAUCCGGUUCUCCUGGAAAUCCUUGGACAAGCCAGCGAUUCCCAUACCAUACAGCCCCAUCUCCCAGCAGUAUCUGACAACAUAAAUGAGGUGACAUUUCAUGCAAAAGACUACGAUCGUAUCCUGGCUGUCAUAUCAAGAGAAGGAGAAAAAAUUAUUUUGGAUAGUCCUGUUAUGGCCAAAGGUCCUGUAGAGAUUUGGCUUCUGGAGCUGUUAAAAAUGCAGAUGUCAUCAUUACAUAACAUAAUUAGAUCUGCCUUCUAUCAAAUCAGUGAUUCGGGAUUUCAGCUCUUGCCUUUCCUCAAUCACUUUCCAGCACAGGUUGGGCUCCUGGGAAUUCAGAUGUUGUGGACACAUGAUUCAGAAGAGGCUUUAAAUAAUGCAAAAGAUGACAGGAAAAUCAUGAAAGCGACCAACCAGAAAUUUUUGGAUAUUCUAAAUACUCUAAUUAGUCAGACAACACAUGACCUAAGCAAAUUUGAAAGAGUGAAAUUUGAAACUCUAAUUACCAUCCAUGUGCAUCAGAGAGAUAUUUUUGAUGAUUUGGUAAAAAUGCAUAUCAAAUCAGUUACUGAUUUUGAAUGGCUAAAACAGAGUAGAUUUUAUUUUAAAGAAUAUUUGGAUCAAACGGUGGUGUCUAUUACAGAUGUUGAUUUUAUUUAUCAAAAUGAAUUUCUGGGAUGCACUGAUCGUCUUGUGAUCACUCCAUUAACAGAUAGGUGCUAUAUCACCUUGGCACAGGCUUUGGGGAUGAACAUGGGAGGUGCUCCAGCAGGACCUGCGGGCACUGGCAAAACAGAAACCACAAAAGACAUGGGAAGAUGUUUGGGAAAAUAUGUGGUCGUGUUUAACUGCUCAGAUCAAAUGGAUUUCAGAGGGCUAGGAAGGAUCUUUAAAGGUCUUGCACAGUCAGGCUCUUGGGGCUGUUUUGAUGAGUUUAACAGAAUUGAAUUGCCUGUCUUAUCAGUGGCAGCCCAGCAAAUUCAUAUUAUUUUGAUGGCAAGAAAAGAGAGAAAAAAACAGUUCAUUUUUUCUGAUGGUGAUUGUGUUGAUUUAAAUCCAGAAUUUGGGAUCUUCUUAACAAUGAACCCUGGAUAUGCUGGGCGCCAGGAACUGCCAGAAAACUUAAAAAUUCAAUUUAGAACUGUUGCUAUGAUGGUUCCUGAUAGACAGAUCAUUAUGCGAGUUAAACUUGCAAGCUGUGGUUUUCUUGAAAAUGUUGUCUUGGCUCAGAAAUUUUAUGUUCUUUACAAUCUCUGUGAGGAGCAACUUACUAAGCAGGUUCAUUAUGACUUCGGGCUGAGAAAUAUUCUAUCUGUGUUGAGGACACUUGGAGCUCAGAAAAGAGCCCGACCGGAAGAUACUGAAUUUAGCAUUGUCAUGAGAGUACUAAGAGAUAUGAACCUUUCUAAAUUGGUUGAUGAAGAUGAGCCCCUGUUCCUCAGCUUAAUCAAUGACCUGUUUCCAGGAUUACAACUGGAUAGUAGUACUUACGUGGAACUCCAAGCCGCAGUAGCCAACCAGGUCAAGAUAGAAGGUUUGAUUAACCAUCCCCCCUGGAAUCUCAAACUUGUGCAGUUAUACGAGACAUCGCUGGUACGUCAUGGCUUGAUGACUCUUGGGCCCAGUGGUUCAGGGAAGACAGCCGUUAUAACUAUCCUGAUGAAGGCACUAACAGAAUGCGGCAGGCCUCACAGAGAAAUGCGAAUGAAUCCGAAAGCUAUUACUGCGCCUCAGAUGUUUGGCCGACUGGACACUGCUACCAAUGAUUGGACAGAUGGGAUUUUUUCUACGCUGUGGAGAAAAACAUUAAAAGCUAAAAAAGGUGAAAACAUAUUCCUUACUUUAGAUGGCCCUGUAGAUGCCAUUUGGAUCGAGAACUUAAAUUCUGUGUUGGAUGACAAUAAGACGCUCACGUUAGCUAAUGGAGAUCGCAUCCCCAUGUCCCCCAGUUGUAAGCUUCUGUUCGAAGUCCACAAUAUUGAGAAUGCCUCUCCUGCCACGGUUUCUCGGAUGGGCAUGGUCUAUAUCAGCAGCUCUGCUCUCAGCUGGAGGCCGAUAUUACAGGCAUGGUUGAACAAGCGCACUGCACAGGAAGCGUCUGUAUUCCAAAGUCUGUAUGAUAAAAUAUUUGAAGAUAUAUAUACAUUUAUGAAACUAAACCUCAAUCCAAAAAUGCAACUCUUAGAGUGCAACUAUAUCAUGCAAUCUCUCACUCUUCUGGAAGGUUUAAUUCCCUCAAAAGAAGAAGGCGGUGUUUCAUGUGUCGAACAUCUUCAUAAAUUAUUUGUGUUUGGCCUAAUGUGGAGCUUAGGAGCCCCUCUGGAGUUGGAAAGCAGAGACAAGCUUGAAGCCUUUUUACGAAAUCACGGAAGCAAGUUAGACUUACCAAAAAUACCUAAAGGCACAAAUCAAACCAUGUAUGAGUUUUAUGUUACGGAUUAUGGUGAUUGGGAGCACUGGAAUAAGAGACUUCAGCCAUAUUCUUACCCAACUGACAGUGUUCCAGAAUAUGCAUCAAUUUUGGUUCCAAAUGUUGACAAUAUUAGAACAAAUUUUUUGAUAGACACCAUUGCAAAGCAAAAUAAAGCUGUUUUGCUCAUAGGAGAGCAGGGAACUGCAAAAACUGUCAUGGUUAAGGCCUAUUUGAAAAAAUAUGAUCCCGAAGUACACUUAUCCAAAAGUCUAAACUUUUCAUCUGCCACGGAACCAAUGAUGUUUCAGAGAACAAUUGAAAGCUAUGUGGAUAAGCGAAUGGGAAGCACAUAUGGGCCACCAGGAGGAAGAAAAAUGACUGUAUUUAUUGACGAUAUUAAUAUGCCAGUCAUUAAUGAAUGGGGAGAUCAGAUCACUAAUGAGAUUGUACGACAAAUGAUGGAAAUGGAAGGAAUGUACAGCCUGGACAAGCCUGGAGACUUCACCACUAUUAUGGAUGUACAGCUCAUAGCAGCAAUGAUCCACCCCGGAGGUGGUCGAAAUGAUAUUCCACAACGUUUAAAAAGGCAAUUUACCGUGUUUAAUUGCACAUUGCCUUCAAAUGCUUCAAUAGACAAAAUUUUUGGAGUCAUUGGCUGUGGGUACUUUGACCCUUGCAGAAAGUUCAAACCUGAAAUAUGUGAGAUGAUUUCAAAUUUAGUUUCAGCGGGCAGACUGCUGUGGCAGUGGACUAAGGUGAAGAUGCUGCCAACUCCUUCUAAAUUUCAUUACAUUUUCAAUCUCCGAGAUCUUUCCAGAAUUUGGCAAGGAAUGUUAACCAUAAAAGCCGAGGAGUGUGAUUCGAUCUCUGUCCUCCUGUCACUUUUCAAACAUGAGUGCAACAGAGUAAUUGCAGACAGGUUUAUAACUCAUGAAGAUAAGCUAUGGUUUAAUGUACAUCUUAUUCAAGCAAUUGAAGAAAAUACUAGUGCAGAAAUGACAUCAUAUAUUCUUCCUGAACCAUACUUUGUAGAUUUUCUCCGUGAGAUGCCUGAACCAACUGGUGAUGAACCUGAAGACGCUCUAUUUGAAGUACCCAAACUCUAUGAAUUGAUACCAUCCUUUGAGUUUCUGAGUGAAAAACUCCAAUUUUACCAGAGACAGUUCAAUGAAAUCAUUAGAGGGACAUCUCUUGAUCUGGUGUUUUUUAAAGAUGCAAUGACUCAUCUUAUUAAGAUUUCACGAAUAAUUAGAACAUCAUGUGGAAAUGCAUUGCUGGUGGGUGUUGGUGGUUCCGGAAAACAAAGUCUUUCAAAAUUGGCCUCAUUUAUAGCUGGAUAUCACAUAUUCCAGAUAACGUUAACCAGGUCUUAUAAUGUGAAUAAUCUAAUAGAUGACUUAAAAUCUUUGUAUAAAGUUGCCGGUGCUGAUGGAAAAGGCAUUACCUUCAUCUUUACUGACAAUGAAAUAAAAGAUGAGGCAUUUCUAGAGUAUAUUAACAACCUACUAUCUUCAGGGGAGAUCUCCAAUUUGUUUGCACGGGAUGAAUUGGAUGAAAUCACCCAAGGGCUGAUCUCGGUGAUGAAGAAAGAGCUGCCUCGCCAUCCUCCGACGUUUGAUAAUCUGUAUGAGUACUUCAUUUCAAGGUCGAGGAGGAACUUGCAUGUUGUUCUCUGCUUCUCUCCAGUUGGUGAGAAGUUCCGCGCCCGUUCUUUGAAAUUUCCUGGCUUGAUAUCAGGUUGCACUAUGGACUGGUUCAGUCGCUGGCCGAAGGAGGCUCUGGUGGCCGUGGCCUCCUAUUUCCUUUCAGGCUAUAGUAUUGUCUGCUCUAGUGAGACUAAAAGGCAAGUGGUGGAAACAAUGGGUCUCUUCCAUGACAUGGUUUCAGAGAGCUGUGAAAGUUAUUUCCAGAGAUACCGUCGAAGAACGCACGUGACUCCCAAAUCUUAUCUCUCAUUUGUAAAUGGUUAUAAGAACAUUUAUGCCGAAAAGUUGAAAUAUAUUAAUGAACAAGCUGAACGUAUGGAUAUUGGUCUUGAUAAGCUUAUGGAGGCAAGUGAAUCCGUUGCAAAACUCUCUCAGGAUCUUGCAGUAAAGGAGAAGGAAUUGGCAGUGGCUUCCAUGAAAACAGAUGAAGUAUUAGCAGAAGUGAUAGUAAGUGCUCAAGCUUCAGCCCAAGUAAAAAAUGAAGUGCAGGAGGUAAAAGAUAAAGCCCAAAAAAUUGUGGAUGAAAUUGAUAGUGAAAAAGUAAAAGCUGAGAGCAAACUCGAGGCAGCUAAACCUGCGCUGGAAGAAGCAGAAGCAGCCCUGAAUACUAUCAAACCAAAUGAUAUUGCCACAGUCAGGAAACUUGCAAAGCCCCCUCAUCUUAUUAUGAGAAUCAUGGACUGCACUCUGUUACUAUUGCAAAAGAAAAUUGAUCCCGUUACUAUGGAUCCAGAAAAGCCCUGCUGCAAGCCAUCAUGGGGAGAGUCAUUAAAACUGAUGAGUGCACCAGGCUUCUUGUCGAGCCUUCAGCAUUUCCCCAAGGACACUAUAAAUGAAGAGACGAUUGAGUUACUGGAGCCAUAUUUUGAUAUGGAUGAUUACACUUUUGAAAGCGCCAAAAAAGUCUGUGGGAAUGUGGCUGGUCUGCUGUCUUGGACACGUGCUAUGGCAACGUUUUAUGGUAUCAAUAGAGAAGUGUUGCCCCUGAAGGCGAACCUGGCCAAGCAAGAAGGCCGCUUAUCAGUGGCUAAUGCUGAAUUGGGGAAGGCACAGGCACUGCUUGAUGAGAAACAAGCCGAGUUGGAUAAAGUGCGAGCAAAAUUUGACGCAGCAAUGAAGGAGAAAAUGGAUUUGCUUAACGAUGCCGAUAUGUGCCGGAAAAAGAUGCAGGCUGCUUCCGCUCUCAUCGAUGGACUGAGUGGAGAAAAAAUCCGAUGGACUCAACGAAGUAAAGAGUUCAAAGCUCAGAUUAAUAGACUCGUAGGUGAUAUUCUGCUGUGCACCGGAUUCCUUUCCUACCUUGGUCCUUUCAAUCAGAUAUUUAGGAACCUCUUGCUUAAAGAUCAGUGGGAGAUAGAGUUGAGAGCACGGAAGAUUCCUUUCACUGAAAACCUGAAUCUUAUUUCAAUGUUGGUGGAUCCUCCAACAAUUGGUGAGUGGGGGCUGCAGGGAUUACCAGGAGAUGACCUCUCAAUUCAGAAUGGCAUUAUUGUGACAAAGGCCACCAGAUACCCACUCCUCAUAGAUCCACAGACUCAAGGCAAAACUUGGAUUAAAUCAAAGGAAAAGGAAAAUGACCUGCAGGUGACAUCUCUGAACCAUAAAUAUUUCCGCAAACACUUGGAGGACAGCCUUUCCUUGGGCCGACCCCUUCUCAUUGAGGACAUUCGUGAAGAGCUGGAUCCGGCCCUGGAUAAUGUAUUAGAAAAGAAUUUCAUUAAAUCAGGCACCAGUUUCAAGGUAAAAAUCGGUGAUAAGGAAUGUGAUAUCAUGGAUUCAUUUAAACUUUAUAUUACUACAAAGUUACCAAACCCUGCCUUUACCCCUGAGAUCAAUGCUAAAACAUCAGUCAUUGAUUUUACCAUUACGAUGAAAGGACUUGAGAAUCAAUUACUAAGGAGAGUAAUUCUAACCGAGAAACAGGAGUUAGAGUCUGAGAGGGUUAAACUUUUGGAGGAUGUGACUUUUAACAAGCAGAAGAUGAAAGAACUUGAAGAUAACCUCCUCUACAAAUUAAGUGCUACAAAAGGUUCCUUGGUAGAUGACGAAUCUCUCAUCGGUGUCCUCCGAACCACCAAGCUGACAGCGGCCGAAGUCAGUGAAAAGCUACAUGUGGCAGCGGAAACAGAGAUCAAGAUAAACACAGCUCAGGAGGAGUUCCGGCCCGUGGCCACCCGUGGAAGCAUCCUCUACUUCCUCAUCACGGAGAUGAGCAUGGUCAAUGUCAUGUACCAGACCUCUCUGGCCCAGUUCUUGAAGCUGUUUGACCAGUCCAUGGCCAGAUCUGAGAAGUCUCCACUACCUCAGAAGAGAAUUACAAAUAUUAUUGAGUACCUGACCUAUGAAGUUUUUAUAUACUCCGUCAGAGGCUUGUAUGAAAAGCACAAAUUCCUCUUUAUUCUCCUCAUGACCCUGAAGAUCGAUCUUCAGAGAGGAGCAGUGAAGCACAGAGAGUUUCAGGCCCUCAUUAAAGGGGGAGCUGCUCUGGAUCUGAAAGCCUGCCCUCCCAAACCAUUUCGCUGGAUCCUGGAUAUGACCUGGCUGAAUCUUGUGGAGCUGAGUAAACUGCCGCAAUUUGCAGAAAUUAUGAACCAGAUAUCUCGUAACGAGAAGGGGUGGAAAAGCUGGUUUGAUAAAGAUGCUCCAGAGGAAGAAAUUAUCCCUGAUGGAUAUAACAAUUCACUGGAUACCUUCCGCAAACUUUUACUUAUCAGGUCUUGGUGCCCGGACCGUACUGUUUUUCAAGCCAGAAAGUAUAUUGCAGAGUCUUUGGAGGAUAAGUACAUAGAACCGGUUAUCUUAAAUCUGGAGAAAACAUGGGAAGAAAGUGAUACGCGAACACCUCUGAUAUGUUUCCUGUCCAUGGGCUCCGAUCCCACAAUUCAAAUUGAUGCAUUGGCCAAGAAACUGAAGCUGGAAUGCAGAACUAUCUCAAUGGGGCAAGGACAGGAAGUACAUGCUCGAAAGCUGAUUCAGAUGUCAAUGCAGCAGGGUGGCUGGGUAUUACUGCAAAAUGGUCACCUUGGCCUGGAAUUCAUGGAAGAAUUGCUAGAUACAAUAAUUACCACUGAAGCCAAUGAUGAUUCUUUCCGAGUAUGGAUAACCACCGAGCCCCACGAUCGAUUUCCAAUUACAUUGCUGCAGAGUUCUCUCAAGUUCACUAAUGAGCCACCCCAAGGCGUCCGCGCAGGUUUGAAAAGAACCUUUGCCAGAAUUAAUCAAGACCUUCUGGACGUCAGUAACUUACCCAUGUGGAAGCCAAUGCUUUACACAGUCGCAUUUUUACACUCCACUGUGCAGGAGCGACGCAAAUUUGGUCCCUUAGGAUGGAAUAUUCCCUAUGAAUUCAAUUCUGCUGACUUUACUGCCAGUGUUCAGUUUAUUCAGAAUCACCUUGAUGAAUGCGAUAUUAAAAAAGGUGUGUCAUGGAGUACCGUUCGGUACAUGAUUGGAGAAGUACAAUAUGGAGGCAGAGUGACAGAUGACUUUGACAAACGGCUACUUAACUGCUUUGCUAGAGUCUGGUUCAGUGAGAAGAUGUUUGAACCAUCGUUCUGUUUUUACACCGGAUAUAAAAUCCCCUUGUGCAAAACCUUGGACCAGUAUUUUGAAUACAUCCAGUCACUGCCCUCCCUAGAUAACCCCGAAGUCUUUGGGCUUCACCCUAACGCUGAUAUCACGUAUCAGAGUAACACUGCUUCUGCUGUUCUUGAAACAAUUACCAACAUUCAGCCCAAAGAGAGCGGAGGCGGAAUAGGAGAGACCCGAGAAGCCAUCGUUUAUAGAUUAUCUGAAGAUAUGCUGAGCAAACUGCCUCCUGAUUACAUUCCUCACGAGGUGAAAGCUCGUUUGAUAAAGAUGGGACACCUUAAUUCAAUGAACAUAUUUCUUAGACAAGAAAUUGACAGAAUGCAAAAAGUCAUCUCAAUCGUUCGCAGUAGCCUGAGUGACCUAAAAUUGGCCAUCGAAGGAACAAUCAUUAUGAGUGAGAACUUGAGAGACGCCUUGGACAACAUGUAUGAUGCUCGCAUCCCUCAGAUCUGGAAAAGAGUGUCCUGGGACUCAUCCACACUGGGCUUCUGGUUUACCGAACUUUUGGAAAGAAAUGCUCAGUUUUCUACUUGGAUAUUUGAAGGCAGGCCCAAUGUAUUCUGGAUGACUGGUUUCUUUAAUCCCCAAGGCUUCCUCACAGCAAUGAGGCAAGAAGUGACCCGCGCCCACAAAGGCUGGGCCCUGGACUCCGUGACCAUCCACAACGAAGUUCUGCGGCAGACCAAGGAAGAGAUCACAUCACCCCCUGUGGAAGGUGUGUACAUCUAUGGGCUCUACAUGGAUGGUGCGGCCUGGGACCGUCGCAAAGGCAAGAUCACGGAGUCCAUGCCCAAGGUGCUCUUCACGCAGCUGCCUGUGCUGCACAUCUUUGCAGUGAACUCCAUCGCGCCCAAGGACCCCAAGCUCUACGUGUGUCCCAUUUACAAGAAGCCCAGGCGGACUGACUUGACCUUCAUCACCGUGGUGUAUUUGCCAACAGACUUGUCCCCGGAUCACUGGAUCCUGCGAGGAGUGGCCCUCUUGUGUGACAUCAAAUAAGUUCAUUUCCACUUGCUGGGGGACCAGGAGCCACGUCGACGGGCAGUGCUGCCAAGACACUCAAAGCUGGGUGUCUUCCGUCCCUACUUGUUGCUUGGUGACUCUUCCUAAAUUAAAAAGUUGAUAUUCUAUAA